GUGCCAUGCUUCUAUAACCAGUACACGGCUCCUGCUUGUCAUGGCACCUGGGGAGAAACUGAGGCACAGAACCUGAUAGAAUUUGGGGAAGUUAAAAAAUGUGCCCAGGAAAUUUUGCUCCUAGCCUGACCACAUUUCUGAGGACCAUUCAGCAGUAGAAGAGAGGGAUCGGGAAGAGGGUGCCUGUCACAUCAUGAUGCAGGACAGAUGGGGAGGUUCAUUUGGAAGGAGAGGUCACAAGGCAGAUGCACAAUGCAGAUAUUGUAAUAGAGGGUGGGCCUGACCCCUAAUGGGGGACCUGGGUCUGUGGCUGGGCCGAGCACAAGUAGGUGUGUGUAUGUGUGGACAUGUGUGUGGCCAGUGGGAGCACCAGUGAAAGUGCCAGGGAUGCCAAAUCGCUUGGGUAGUUAGUUGAAGAAUCUGCCAAAGCACAUGGGCUCCCCAGUGCGGGGGCCCGGGGGCCCCGUGGAGCCUGCAGGCAGUCAGUGAAUGAGAGAUGCUUUGCCCAUCCCAGGUGUCUCCCUCCCCCCCACUCCCAUCCCAACAGGGCAUCUCUGGGCACUGGGUAGCCUCAUGGCCCCUCUGUCCUGCCUGCCCCCCGUGCCCUACCCCACAAACCCUCUGAUAACAGUCUGUCCAUGUCUCUCUCCUGCUGCUCCUAUGGAAGCGAAGUUUUCCGCUCCUGCAGAAAGCAAAGUUACGACUCGGAGACGGGCGAGGAUGACAUCAGCGACGUGCAGGGGACCCAGCGCCUGGAGCUUCGGGAUGACGGGGCCUUCAGCACCCCAACGGGGGGCUCCGACACCCUGGUGGGCACCUCCCUGGACACACCCCCGACCUCCGUGACAGGCACCUCAGAGGAGCAAGUGAGCUGGUGGGGCAGCGGACAGACGGUCCUGGAACAGGAAGCGGGCAGCAGGGGUGGCACCCGCCGCCACCUGGGCAGCCCAAGGCAAGCACAGGCAACCGGGGCCGGGCCACGGCACCUGGGGGUGGAGCCGCUGGUACGGGCGUCUCGAGCUAAUCUGGUGGGCGCAAGCUGGGGGUCAGAGGAUAGCCUUUCGGUGGCCAGUGACCUGUACGGCAGCGCAUUCAGCCUGUACAGAGGACGGGCGCUCUCGAUCCACGUCAGUCUCCCUCAGAGCGGAUUGCACAGGGAGGAGCCUGACCUUCAGCCUCAGCCGGCCAGCGAAGCCCCCCAUCGCCCGGCCCUCCCGCCUCCCUCCAAAUCCGCGCUGCUGCGCCCACCGUCCCCUCGGGUGGGUAAGCGGCCCCCACCGGGACCCGGAGCCCAGCCCCCCCCCCCAGCCCCCCCUCACCCGCCCCACCGGCGCACCCGGGAGCCGGUGCCGCCCGAGGACGCCACCGCCGAAGAGAAGCGAGGGAAAAAGUCCAAGUCUUCGGGGCCCUCGCUAGCGGGCACAGCGGAGUCCCGGCCCCAGACGCCCCUGAGCGAGGCCUCGGGCCGCCAGUCGGCGCUGGGCCGCUCGCCGAGGCUGGUGCGCGCCGGCUCCCGCAUCCUGGACAAGCUGCAGUUCUUCGAGGAACGCCGGCGCAGCCUGGAGCGCAGCGACUCACCGCCGGCGCCCCUGCGGCCCUGGGUGCCCCUGCGCAAGGCCCGCUCGCUAGAGCAGCCCAAGUCCGAGGGCGGCGGGCCGUGGGGCACGCCCGGGGCCUCGCAGGAGGAGCUGCGAGCGCCGUCGGGCAGCGUGGCCGAGCAGCGACGCCUGUUCCGGCAGAAGGCGGCCUCCCUGGACGAGCGCACGCGGCAGCGCAGCCGGGCCUCUGACCUCGAGCUGCGCUUCGCCCAGGAGCUGGGCCGCAUCCGCCGCUCCGCGUCGCGGGAGGAGCUGGUACGCUCGCACAAGUCCCUGCGCGCCACGUUGCAGCGCGCUCCGUCCCCUCGAGAGCCCGGCGAGCCCCCGCUCUUUUCCCAGCCCUCCACCCCCAAGACCCCGCGGGCCUUGAGCCCCGCCGCCGACCAGCCGCCCCCUCCCAAUGUCGCGGGGAAGCCCGGGGAUGAGCCAGGGAGGCCCCGGAGCCGCGGGCCAGCGGGCAGGACGGAGCCGGCGGAAGGCCCGCAGCAGGAGGUUAGGCGCCGGGACCAGUUCCCGCUGACCCGGGGCAGAGCCAUCCAGGAGUGCAGGAGCCCCGUGCCGUCCCCGGCCGCCGAUCUCCCCGAGACCAGGACGAAAGCGCCCCCGGGUCGGAAGCGGGAGCCCCCGCCACAGGCCGUGCGCUUCCUGCCCUGGGCCACGCCGGGCCAGGAGGGCGCUGCUGUGCCCCAGACCUUGGAGAAGAACAGGGCGGGGCCUGAGGCCGAGAAGAGGCUGCGCAGAGGGCCGGAGGAGGACGGCCCUUGGGGGCCCUGGGACCGCCGAGGGACUCGCAGCCAGGGCAGAGGUCGCCGGGCCCGGCCCACCUCGCCUGAGCUCGAGUCUUCGGAUGACUCCUAUGUGUCUGCUGGAGAGGAGCCCCUGGAGGCUCCAGCCUUUGAGAUCCCCCUGCAGAAUGCGGUGGUGGCCCCGGGGGCGGAUGUGCUGCUCAAAUGUAUUGUCACUGCCAACCCCCCACCCCAAGUGUCCUGGCAGAAGGAUGGGUCCUCGCUGCGCAGUGAUGGCCGCCUUCUCAUUCGGGCCGAAGGCGAGCGGCACACCCUGCUGCUCCGCGAGGCCCGGGCAGCCGACUCAGGGAGCUAUACCGCUACUGCCACCAACGAGCUGGGCCAGGCCAGCUGUGCUGCUGCGUUGGCCGUGAGACCUGGCGGGUCCACAUCCCCUUUCAGCAGCCCCAUCACCUCUGACGAGGAGUACCUGAGCCCCCCAGAGGAGUUCCCAGAGCCCGGGGAGACCUGGCCCCGAGCCCCCACCAUGAAGCUUAGUCCUGGCCAGAACCGCCAUUCCUCCGACACUGGCUCCAAGGCGCCCCCCACCUUCAAGGUCUCACUUAUGGACCAGUCAGUAAGAGAAGGCCAAGAUGUCACCAUGAGCAUCCGCGUGCAGGGCGAGCCCAAGCCCGUGGUCUCCUGGCUGAGAAACCGUCAGCCCGUGCGCCCAGACCAGCGGCGCUUCGCCGAGGAGGCAGAGGGUGGGCUUUGCCAGCUUCGGAUCCUGGCCGCUGAGCGGGGCGACGCCGGCUUCUACACUUGCAAGGCGGUUAACGAAUAUGGCGCUCGGCAGUGCGAGGCACGCCUGGAGGUCAGAGCACACCCUGAAAGCCGGUCCCUGGCCGUGCUGGCCCCCCUGCAGGACGUGGACGUGGGGGCCGGGGAGAUGGCGCUGUUUGAGUGCCUGGUGGCAGGUCCUGCCGACGUGGAGGUAGACUGGCUGUGCCGAGGCCGCCUGCUGCAGCCCGCACUGCUCAAGUGCAAGAUGCAUUUCGAUGGCCGGAAAUGCAAGCUGCUGCUUACCUCUGUGCAUGAGGACGACAGUGGCGUCUACACCUGCAAGCUCAGCACGGCCAAAGAUGAGCUGACCUGCAGCGCCCGGCUGACUGUGCGGCCCUCGCUGGCGCCCCUGUUCACGUGGCCGCUGGAGGAUGUGGAGGUGCUGGAGGGACGCGCAGCCCGCUUCGACUGCAAGAUCAGCGGCAGCCCGGCCCCCUCUGUUACCUGGACUCAGUUUGGCCGCCCCGUGGAGGAGAGCGAGAACCUGCGACUUCGGCAGGAAGGAGGUCUGCACUCGCUGCACGUCGCCCACGUGGGCAGUGAGGACGAGGGGCUCUACGAGGUCAGUGCCACCAACGCCCACGGCCAGGCCCACUGCUCAGCCCAGCUCUACGUGGAGGAGCCUCGGACGGCUGCCACUGGCCCUAGCUCGAAGCUGGAGAAGAUGCCUUCCAUCCCUGAGGAGCCAGAGCAGGGAGAGCUGGAGCGGCUGUCCAUGCCCGACUUCCUGCGGCCGCUGCAGGACCUGGACGUGGGACUGGCCAAGGAAGCCAUGCUGGAGUGCCAGGUGACCGGCCUGCCCUACCCCACCAUCAGCUGGUUCCACAAUGGCCACCGCAUCCAGAGCAGCGAUGACCGGCGCAUGACACAGUACCGGGAUGUCCAUCGCCUGGUGUUCCCUACUGUGGGACCUCAGCAUGCUGGCGUCUACAAGAGCGUCAUUGCCAACAAACUGGGCAAAGCGGCCUGCUAUGCCCACCUCUAUGUCACAGAUGUGGUUCCAGGCCCCCCAGAUGGUGCCCCACAGGUAGUGGCUGUGACCGGAAAGAUGAUCACGCUCGCAUGGAACGCCCCCAGGAGUCUGGACAUGGCCAUCGACCCGGACGCCCUGACCUACACUGUGCAGCACCAGGUGCUGGGCUCAGACCACUGGACAGCGCUGGUCACGGGCCUGCGGCAGCCUAGGUGGGCGGCCACCGGUCUGCGUAAGGGGGUCCAGCACGUCUUCCGCGUCCUCAGCACCACCAUCAAAAGCAGCAGCAAGCCCUCGCCCCCCUCUGAGCCCGUGCAGCUGCUGGACCGCGGCCCACCCCUGGAGGAGGCGCCCGCCGUGCUGGACAAGCCAGACAUCGUGUGUGUGGUGGAGGGACAGCCUGCCAGUGUCACCGUCACCUUCAAUCACGUGGAGGCCCAGGUCGUCUGGAGGAGCUGCCGAGGGGCCCUCCUAGAGGCCCGGGCGGGUGUGUAUGAGCUGAGCCAGCCAGACGAUGACCAGUACUGUCUUCGGAUCUGCCGGGUGGGCCGCCGGGACGUGGGGGCCCUCACUUGCACUGCCCACAACCGCCAUGGCACACAGGCCUGCUCGGUCACACUGGAGCUGGCAGAGGCCCCUCGGUUUGAGUCCAUCAUGGAGGACGUUGAGGUGGGAGCUGGAGAAACCGCUCGCUUCGCCGUGGUGGUUGAGGGGAAACCACUGCCGGACAUCAUGUGGUACAAGGACGAGGUGCUGCUGACCGAGAGCAACCACGUGAGCUUCGUGUACGAGGAGAAUGAGUGCUCCCUGGUGGUGCUCAGCGCGGGGUCCCAGGACGGAGGCGUCUACACCUGCACGGCCCGCAACCUGGCUGGCGAAGUCUCCUGCAAAGCAGAGUUGGCUGUGCACUCAGCUCAGACAGCUAUGGAGGUGGAGGGGGUCAGGGAAGACGAGGAGCGGCGAGGAAGGAGACUCGGCGACUUCUAUGACAUCCACCAGGAGAUCGGCAGGGGUGCCUUCUCCUACCUGCGGCGUGUAGUGGAGCGAAACUCCGGCCUGGAGUUUGCAGCCAAGUUCAUCCCCAGUCAGGCCAAGCCAAAGGCAUCGGCGUGGCGAGAGGCCCGGCUGCUGGCCCAACUCCAGCAUGACUGCAUCCUCUACUUCCAUGAGGCCUUCGAGAGGCGCCGGGGACUGGUCAUUGUCACCGAGCUCUGCACAGAGGAGCUGCUGGAGCGAAUGGCCAGGAAACCCACCGUGUGUGAGUCUGAGAUCCGGGCCUACAUGCGGCAGGUGCUAGAGGGAAUAUGCUACUUGCACAAGAACCGUGUGCUGCACCUGGACGUCAAGCCUGAGAACCUGCUGGUAUGGGACGGUGUUGAGGGCGAGGAGCAGGUGAGGAUCUGUGACUUCGGGAACGCUCAGGAGCUGACUCCGGGGGAGCCCCAGUACUGCCAAUAUGGCACACCCGAGUUCGUGGCACCCGAGGUUGUCAACCAGACCCCUGUCUCUGGGGUCACUGACAUCUGGCCCGUGGGUGUCGUCGCCUUCCUCUGCCUGACGGGAAUCUCUCCGUUUGUCGGGGAGAACGAUCGGACAACACUGAUGAACAUCCGAAACUACAAUGUGGCCUUCGAGGAGACCACGUUCCUAAGCCUGAGCAGGGAGGCCCGGGGCUUCCUCAUCAAAGUGCUGGUGCAGGACCGGCUGAGGCCUACCGCAGAGGAGACCCUAGAACAUCCUUGGUUUAAAGCACAGGCAAGGGGCGCAGAGGUGAGCACGGAUCACUUAAAGCUAUUCCUCUCCCGGCGGAGAUGGCAGCGCUCCCAGAUCAGCUACAAGUGCCACCUGGUGCUGCGCCCCAUCCCUGAGCUGCUGCGGGCACCCCCGGAGCGGGUGUGGGUGGCCGUACCCAGAAGACCACCCCCUAGUGGAGGGCUGUCAUCCUCCUCCGAUUCUGAAGAGGAAGAGCUGGAGGAGCUGCCCUCAGUGCCCCGGCCACUGCAGCCUGAGUUCUCGGGCUCCCGGGUGUCCCUCACUGACAUUCCCACUGAGGAUGAGGCCCUGGGCGCCCCAGAGGCUGGGGCCGCCACCCCCAUGGACUGGCAGGGUCAAGGAAAGGCUCCUUCUCAGGACCAGGAGGCCCCCAGCCCUCAGGUCCUCCCCUCCCCAGGCCAGGAGCCCAGCCCCCGGCGGGGAGAGCUCCGGAGGGGCAGCUCGGCUGAGAGCGCCCUGCCCCGGGCCGGGCCGAGGGAGCCGGGCCGGGGCCUGCACAAGGCAGCGUCUGUAGAGCUGCCGCAGCGUCGAAGCCCCAGCCCGGGGGCCACCCGCCUGACCCGAGGAGGCCUGGGUGAGGGCGAGUAUGCCCAGAGGCUGCAGGCCCUGCGCCAGCGGCUGCUGCGGGGUGGCCCUGAGGAUGGCAAGGUCAGCGGCCUAAGGGGCCCCCUGCUGGAGAGCCUGGGGGGCCGUGCCCGGGACCCCCGGCUGGCUCGGGCGGCCUCCAGCGAGGCAGCACCCCACCACCAGCACCCACCCGAGACCCGGGGCCUGCAGAAGAGCAGCAGCUUCUCGCAGGCUGAGGCGGAGCCCGGAGGCCGGCACCGCCGAGCUGGGGCGCCCCUCGAGAUCCCCGUGGCCCGGUUCGGGGCCCGCAGGCUGCAGGAGUCUCCCUCCUUGUCCGCCCUCAGCGAGGCCCAGCUACCUAGCCCUGUGCGGCCCAGCGCCCCCAAGCCCAGUGUCCCUAAGGCUUCAGAACCUCCUGUCGCCACACCCAGUGAUGCUGCACAGCCCUCGGCACCCCAGCCUGCCCGAGAGAAGGCCCCAGGGUCCAUGCCAGAACCAGCCCCCAAGCCUACACAGCCCCCCCUCGCUCCCCAAACCCUAGCGCCCCCCCUCACACCCUAUGCCCAGAUCAUGCAGUCGCUCCAGCUGUCAGGCCACGCGCAAGGCCCCCCGCAGGGCCCUGUCGCAUCGCCGUCGGAGCCCCAGCCCCAUCCGGCUGUGUUCGCCAGGGUGGCCUCCCCACCUCCGGGAGCCUCCGAGAAGCGCCUGCCUUCGGCCGGGGCUCCGCCAGGGCUAGCCGAGAAAGCCCGGGUCCCUACGGUGCCCCGCAGGCCAGGGAGCAGUCUCAGCAGCAGCAUCGAGAACCUGGAGUCGGAGGCCGUGUUCGAAGCCAAGUUCAAGCGCAGCCGUGAGUCGCCCCUGUCGCGGGGGCUGCGGCUGCUGAGCCGCUCGCGCUCCGAGGAGCGCGGCCUCUUCCGCGGCGCGGAGGAGGAGGACGGCAUGUACCGGCCCAGCCCGGCGGGAACGCCGCUGGAGCUGGUGCGACGGCCCGAGCGCUCCCGCUCCGUGCAGGACCUCAGGGCGGUCGGGGAGCCGGGCCUCGUCCGCCGCCUCUCGCUGUCGCUGUCCCAGCGCCUGCGGCGGACCCCACCCGCGCAGCGCCACCCGGCCUGGGAGGCCCGCGGUGGGGAUGGGGAGAGCUCAGAGGGCGGCAGCUCGGCGCGGGGCUCCCCGGUACCGGCGAUGCGCAGGAGGCUCAGCUCCACGCUGGAGCGGCUGUCGAGCCGCUUGCAGCGCAGCGGCAGCGGCGAGGACUCCGGGGGCGCGUCGGUCCGUAGCACGCCGCUCUUCAGCCGGCUGCGCAGGGCCACGUCCGAGGGCGAGAGCCUGCGGCGCCUGGGCCUCGCGCACAACCAGCUGGCCGCCCAGGCCGGCGCCACCACGCCUUCCGCGGAGUCCCUGGGCUCCGAGGCCAGCGCCACGUCGGGCUCCUCAGCAGCUCCUGCAGAAAGCCGAAGCCGCCUGCGCUGGGGCCUCUCUCGGCUGCGGAAGGACAAGGGGUUGUCACAGCCAAACCUCUCUGGCAGCGUCCGGGAGAAUUUGGGUCACCAGUAUGUGCGCAGCGAGUCAGACUUCCCCCCGGUCUUCCACAUCAAACUCAAGGACCAGGUGCUGCUGGAGGGAGAGGCAGCCACCCUGCUCUGCCUGCCAGCAGCCUGCCCUGCACCCCACAUCUCCUGGAUGAAAGACAAGCAGUCCCUGCGGUCAGAGCCCUCAGUGGUCAUCGUGUCCUGCAAAGACGGCCGGCAGCUGCUGAGCAUCCCCCGGGCAGGCAAGCGGCACGCCGGCCUCUACGAGUGCUCAGCCACCAACGUCCUGGGCAGCAUCACCAGCUCCUGUACCGUGGCUGUGGCCCGCAUCCCAGGGAAGCUAGCUCCUCCCGAGGUGCCCCAGACCUACCAGGACACGGCGCUGGUGCUCUGGAAGCCCGGAGACAGCAGGGCACCUUGCACGUACACGCUGGAGCGGCGGGUAGACGGUGAGUCUUCCUGGCACCCCGUGAGCUCGGGCAUCCCUGACUGUUACUACAACGUGACCCACCUACCAGUUGGCGUGACUGUGAGGUUCCGUGUGGCCUGCGCCAACCGUGCUGGGCAAGGGCCUUUCAGCGGCCCUUCUGACAAGGUCCUCGUCAGGGGCAUGCGAGACACCUCAGCUCUGCCAUCUGCUGCUCACAGAGACGCCCCUGUUACCUCAGGGCCAGCCAGGGCCCCGCCUCCUGACUCUCCUACCUCACUGGCCCCUUCACCGAGCCCCUCCCCAGCUCCUGCUGCCCCAGGCCCCCAGUCAGCCCUUCUCAGCCCCUCAUCUUCCCCAGCACCCCCCAGCCAGGCCUUGUCCUCACUCAAGGCUGUGGGUCCACCACCCCAAACCCCCCCACGAAAGCACAGGGGCCUGCAGGCUGCCCAGCGAGUAGAAGCUACCCCACCCAGUGCCCAGGUCUCCCCGAGUGAGCCCAAGUCUUCCGUCCCCGACACUGGGACCCCGACCACAGCUUCCACCUCUCAAGGGGUGAAAACAGCAUCUUCCUCAACUCCCCUGUACAUGGUGACCUCCUUUGUGUCUGCACCACCAGCCCCCGAGCCCCCAGCCCCCGAGCCCCCUCCUGAGACCACCAAGGUGACUGUGCAGAGCCUCAGCCUGGCCAAGGACGGGGUCGGCUCCCCUGGGGGUGGCCCCCCCAGUGCUCCCGGGCCAGAGGGCACCACUCUUCGAAAGGGCCCCCCUCAGAAACCCUACACCUUCCUGGAGGAGAAGGCCAGGGGCCGCUUUGGUGUAGUGCGCGCCUGCCGGGAGAAUGCCACCGGGCGAAUGUUCGUGGCCAAGAUCGUGCCCUAUGUGGCCGAGGGCAAGCGGCGGGUCCUGCAGGAGUACGAGGUGCUGCGGACGCUGCACCACGAGCGGCUCAUGUCCCUGCACGAGGCCUACAUCACCCCACGUUACCUCGUGCUCAUCGCUGAGAGCUGCGGCAACCGGGAACUCCUCUGUGGGCUCAGUGACAGGUUCCGGUAUUCAGAGGACGACGUGGCCACCUACAUGGUGCAGCUGCUACAAGGCCUGGACUAUCUCCAUGGCCGCCACGUGCUGCAUCUGGACAUCAAGCCAGACAACCUGCUCCUGGCCCCUGACAACGCCCUUAAGAUCGUGGACUUUGGCAGCGCCCAACCCUACAACCCCCAGGCUCUGCGGCCCCUUGGCCACCGCACGGGCACGCUGGAGUUCAUGGCUCCUGAGAUGGUAAAGGGAGACCCCAUCGGCUCUGCCACGGACAUCUGGGGAGCGGGUGUGCUCACUUACAUCAUGCUCAGUGGACGCUCCCCGUUCUAUCAGCCAGACCCCCAGGAAACGGAGGCUCGCAUUGUGGGGGGCCGCUUUGAUGCCUUCCAGCUGUACCCCAACACGUCCCAGAGCGCCACCCUUUUCUUGCGAAAGGUCCUCUCAGUACAUCCCUGGAGCCGGCCCUCCCUGCAGGACUGCCUAGCCCACCCAUGGCUGCAGGACGCCUACCUGAUGAAGCUGCGCCGCCAGACGCUCACCUUCACCACCAACCGGCUCAAGGAGUUCCUGGGCGAGCAGCAGCGCCGCCGGGCCGAGGCUGCCACCCGUCACAAGGUGCUGCUCCGCUCCUACCCAGGCAGCCCCUAGUGGCUCGGACCACAGCCCGGCCUCGGGCUUCGACUCGGGGUUCCUGCUGACGCCCCCUGGACAUUCCAGGGCCCACGCUGAGCCGGGUGGGCCCGGGGCUUUGGACACCAGCAGCAGCGACAUCCGGCCGGGCUAUUACCUCAUGGACCUGCGGGGACAGAGACCCCGGGCUUUGGCCAGUGCCACCCGGCCAGAGCCAGAGUGGGAGACCCGUUGUCCAGGCUGGGUGGGGUCAGGAACAGGAAGAGAGGCAAGAAGGAAAUGGGCAAGUGACGAGGAAAUGAAGAUGAGGAAUAGGGAAGGGGAGACUCUCGGAAGGUUCUGGGGGAGAGAGACAGUGCAUCUGGGGGAGAACCAACCCAGGAGGGUUGGGAGUGGCUGAAGAGGAGGAAAAGGGGGGAGACCAGGCUGUCUACAGGCCAUGGGCUGGGAGUGUCAGUGAAGCAGGGACAGGACAUGUAGACAGUGCCAGGAAGCCAGAGCCAGUGUGUGAGAGAGGGCGGUGAGGUGGGGGAGGGAGAGGAGAGAUGACUCAGGUGGGGCUGGGGUGGCCAGCUGCCAGCAUCCCCAGCAGGAGAAGCAUGGAGGGCUGAAGGCUGGAAGUGGUGGUCUCUUGAGCCAGCGCUCUCCUCCUAUCCCAGUGGAUGCAGCUCUGGGCACUGUGCUGGCCCGAGGACGUUCUCAUCACCUCUCCGUGGCCUUCGCCCUUCUGCCCAGUAAUAUUUAUUUAUUUAUUGACUUUUAUGAAGUCUCUCUGCCAUCCAGUCCCUACCGCCUAUGUUGUCCUGACCAUCCCCCAAGCCAUUCAGCUGUCUGUGCAGCUGUCUGUCUGUCUGUCUGUCACAAGGAAAAUAAAAACGGCAAGCAGCAGGA